AGUAACAGCGGGGGAGGGGGAGGGCUCGGUUGUAGGGGGAGGGAGGGCGCUGACGGCCGCCGGCCGCGCUGACGUGCCGCACGGAGCGCAGUGCAGUCAGUGGCCGGCCGGCGCCGACCGAGGCGCGUGCGUGUGGGCCAGACGAGAGACGUAGACGUCCUAAGUGUGUGUUUGCCGGGCUGAGACUAGCGGAACGGCCGGCGCGGCUGGCCGGAUAGUCGCCGACGGGCGUGAAGUCACGGCUGAAAGGCUGCUGAUAACCGCCCGAGUGAUAUCCGGACUGCGGCGGACCUGCCAGCUGCCACUGCGCCCCGGCCCGCGGGAGAUCCGGGCUCGAGGAUCCUCCACAAGGGCGUCAUGGACAGCUGCUACGCGGCGACGAUUGCCGCGCUGGCUCUGAUCAUCGCAGUACAACAGUGCUCCGGCUACAAGUGCUAUAUCUGCAGCUGGUCGCCCUCCUCUCCGAACCGCACCGACAUCUGCACCACGGAGAACUUCAACCAGCACGCCGUCAAGGUGUUUGACGGCUGCGUCUACGGCUGCGAGAUCGUCGCCGCGUACGACAGCAACGGCGAGCUAGAGAACUUCUACCGCAACUGUGUCGUCAAGGGCAAGGAGGUGACGAACGACUGUCGCGACAUGACGACGGUGGCUUUCCGGAAGCACGUCUGCAGGUGCGGCUCGGACCUCUGCAAUACGGCGGCGGCGGCGGCCGGCCCCGGCCUGCUCGGCACCCUGGCGGCGGCGGUGCUGACCGUUAGUGUGGUCGUCCGCGGGUAGGCGCCGCCACCGCCGACCGAGAGGCCCCAGUGGACGGACGGCGAGGCACGGUGCAGCCCAGUUCAGCAGAUGAAGUCGGACAUGGGGCGGCAGGCACACUGGCAUUAUAUCCACCCGCGAGUUUGUGUCAUGUAUAUUACAUAGCAGAACUCGUAGCCGGCGCUCCUGAUUUGGUGCGCCAUCGCCGCUGCCGGAGCGCCUCAGUAGUGGGGGCUCAGAGCUCCCGCAGCUCUGUUCAGCCAAACGCCGACCUCUGAGACGGAGCUGGGAGGCCACAGCCUCGUCCGACGGCACACUGACUGUGUGCCGCCCGCUUUAAGCAGUAUGUGAGGUGCAGCUGUGCCUGGCCGUCUGAGAGGGAUGGUCGUCGUCUGGUCUUAGAUUCAGACUCAAAGGGUCAGUCUCUGACUCGGCUUCAGUCGCUAGUCUGUAUCGUCGUAUUGUUUUCGACAGUGUUAUAUGUGCCAGUCAUGCUGUGCCACCUGGCAAUAUGUCCCAGCUUCCUGGCUACUCGGUGGGAGGAAGCAUAGGCGUUAUAUGAUUUUGAAAGCACAAUUGCCUGUAUGUGUCAUGUCGCCUAUAGAGUGGUGCGCUUGGUUUGCCAUGAAUGAGGACAGGUGCUUGUAAAUCAUUUCCAUCGUACCCCCAGAGUCUUGUUUAACAUCAUCUGGGUAGCUCAUUAUUACGAUAAGCUAUGUCAUUUACACAACAUGGUCUGCAUAAGAAAAUUGCGACGACAUAGCUUUUCCUGCCCGGUAUUCGAGAAGUCAAAAUAAAGCAGUGCUUGAGAAA